AUGUGUCAGCGCCGUUAUGUCGGUGAUAUCCUCAGGUGCUUUGGAUUGGAGGAGUGCAAGGCUGUGGCGAGUCCUGUGGAUGUCAGCUCUCGACUGAUGUCAAGCAACACUGCGAGCAAGAUCGAUGUUCCAUUCCGUGAAGCUGUUGGUGCUUUGAUGCAUCUGACGACUACAACAAGACCGGACAUCGCCUAUGCUGUGAGCUUUGUGUCGCGCUUCAUGGAGAAUCCCCAAGAAGAACACUGGGUUGCGGUCAAGCGCUUCUUUCGGUACCUGGAGAACCCCCAAGAAGAACACUGGGUCGCGGUCAAGCUCAUUAUUUGA